ACUGCUUCUUUUUGAGAGGAUGCUGUUGUGGGUGCAGCGGAGCACUGUCCUGCCCGAUUCUGCUCCUGACUCACCAAUCUUCUCUCUUGCCGAGAAACAAGUCAGUCAGGAAGCCAUGCCAACCAAGACUUUGAGAAUCACCACAAGAAAAACACCUUGUGGUGAAGGUUCCAAGACAUGGGAUCUUUUCCAGAUGAGAAUCCACAAUCGACUGGUUGACUUGCAUAGCCCUUCUGAGAUCAUUAAGCAGAUUACUUCCUGUAGUAUUGAGCCAGGAGUGGAGGUUGAAGUCACCAUUGCAGAUGUCUAA